AUGCCGACGCCGGAUGCGGGAAACGAUGAUGCGACCGAGGUUCCGGCAGUCGCAGUGGUCAAUAAACCAAAGAGAGUCAGGACAGGAUGUUUGACGUGCAGAGAGAGGCAUUUGAAGUGCGACGAGGGCCUGCCGAACUGCCUGAAUUGCCAGAAAUCGAGUCGACAAUGCAAGAGGGGAGUGCGAUUGAAUUUUAUAGAUACCCAGGUGAAGUCACCACCAAUUAUUCCACCUACCGCAGAUUGGAAAGUAAAUUUUCAAGACGAGUCGCGAGAAAUUGCGUCAGAAUAUAAGGGAGGGUUGAAGAGAUAUGCGCAUCUCGACCAACAAAUUAUCACCCCUCCCCGCGACCAGCCCCUCGAUAAUGCAACACGCCCCAUGAGAGUCGAUGCUCCCCCUCCGCCGACACAACAAAAUAACCACAACCAUAAUGCACUCCCUCCAAUACAACACCAUGCAACCUCAUACUCGGAUGGUAACCUGUCAGUCAAAUAUGAGCAAUCGAGUUCGAGACACAAUAGCGUUCAACACUCACAUGGGGGAAGCAAUGUGUCUCUUAUGGCUCCCCCUUCGCUUUCAUACUCCAAUGGUUCCGAACAAACUCUGACUCCCGCCUCCAACGAGCCUCGAGGUUUUCUAGACUCGCAAGAGGAAGUUUUGUUCAUGCAAGUGUUUGUGGAAGAGGUAGGGCUGUGGAUGGACAGUAUGGACCAGACGAAGCAUUUUUCGAGAUUGCUUCCAUUCCACGCCCUGAGCGAACCAAUGUUGCUUAACGCUUUUCUCGCCUGCGGAGCUCGACAUCUAACUCUUGUCAAUCCCAUGUAUCACGAAGAUAAAGCACUUUACUAUUACGAUACAGCCACAACUCAGUUGCUUCGCUCUUUGCAGAAUCCUGACCGGGAUACUGUUGUAUGUGCGACGACAGCAGUUAUCUUGAAUGUUUACGAAAUAAUGUCCGAACGUGCUAUGCAACGAAUGAAUCAUAUUGCAGGAGCUCGGGCGCUAAUCAAAGAGUGUGGCUGGAAUGCUAGGAGUACAGGAAUCGGUCAAGCAUGCUUUUGGUUGAACGUCGGUAUGGAACUGUUGAGCUGUCUUCACUUUAAUUGGAAAUUGGCAUGGGAGCCAGAUCAGUGGGGUGUUGACAUGGAUUUCCAACGUGAAACAGAAUUCGGGAAGGAGGAAGUGUGGGUACAUCGCAUGCUGUACAUUGUGGGAAAGAUCGCCAAUUUUCGAGCUUCAAUACCACGCUUUCAAGAACCAUCAGCACAUGAUGAACACAACCGAGUUCAGACCAGGUUGGCGGAUUGGCAAACCUACAAGAACCUCUGCGACAGCUGGAACGACAAUAUUCCGAGGACCAUGCAACCAAUGGCUUACCUGCAACCAGCACAGAACAGCUCCAAAUCCGCCUUCCCCGAAGUCUGGCUUAUCAAACGUGCUACAAUUGUCGGUCGUCUGUUCUACCACACGGCAAUGUGUCUCCUGGCACAAAUUCAUCCAUUGUAUCCUCAAGAAAUGGAUGAGAUGCGUACAAUGCAAAUGCAUCAUGCUCAUCAAAUAUGUGGCAUUGUUGCACACGUCAAAGAUAGGGGUGUCGCGAGUGUGGCAUUGCGGUCUUUAGCCAUUGCUGCUGAAUGUCUCGUGAUCCGUCGAGAACAAGAGGAGGUGCUUGAAAUCUUUGAAAAGAUUCGAACUGAAACUGGAUGGAAGGUCGGAUUCAUCAAUAAGGAAUUGAAAGCAAAAUGGAAGUGGCAGACUGAUGAACAGGUUCAACAGCAGAUGGCCGCGACACAGAAUUCCUUGGCUCAAUUCUUCCCUCCCACAACACAGGCACCUCCCGUCAAUCUACCACCAGCACCUCCACCACCCGCACGACCUCAAGUUCCGAGUGGUAUCCCGAAUCCUCUUCUCAAGACCGCUGACUUCUCGCUCCCGAAUCACCCUUAUCAACAAUACUACCAACCACCUAAUCAACAUCAGCAAAACCAUUUCACGCAUAAUUACAUCUGA